UGUCACCGUCAUCAUGAAGAAGUGUUUAGGAUGUGAGCUAUGGGGUUAGCGGGCUGUGACAUCGUCCUAAAGACGUUAUAAUUCACAAUGGAACUACCCGGCGUGAUUAAAUAAACCUGUCGCGGGGUUCGUUUUCAAGCCGCCCGCUGAACGGCUCGCUCGUGCGAAUAGCUUCUAGCUAGCUGCAGCUGCUGCCGCCGCGCGCGCACAAACGCGCCUGCUAGCCGAGUGCAGAUGGAAACAACUGCCCCUAAAAGACGAGACAAAAAGUCUCUGCGGGUGAAGGUGAUCAGCCUGGGGAACGCAGAGGUGGGAAAGAGCUGCAUUAUCAAACGUUACUGCGAGAAGAGGUUCGUUCCCAAGUAUCUGGCCACCAUCGGGAUCGACUACGGCGUCACCAAGGUGCAGGUCCGAGACCGAGAGAUCAAGGUGAACAUCUUCGACAUGGCGGGUCAUCCCUUCUUCUACGAGGUGCGGAACGAGUUCUAUAAGGACAGCCAGGGCGUGCUGCUGGUGUACGACGUGGGGGUGCGCGAGAGCUUCGAGGCUCUGGACAGCUGGCUGGGAGAGAUGAAGCAGGAGAUGGGCUCGCAGGCCAACAUGGACAGCAUCGUGUUCAUCGUCUGUGCUAACAAGGUGGACUUAACAAAGAGAAGGGUGGUGGACGAGGGCGAGGGCCGUUUGUGGGCGGAGUCUAGAGGGUUUCACUACUUCGAGACGUCGGCUCAGAGCGGCGAGGGCAUCAACGAGAUGUUCCAGGCCUUCUUCUCCUCCAUCACCGACAUGUGCGAGAACGGCGGGAAGCGGCCGGUGUCCGAGGUCAGCGUGGGCUUCACCAAAGAGCAGGCCGACACCAUCAGGCGCAUCCGCAACAGCAAGGACUCAUGGGAUAUGCUUGGUGUGAAACCUGGUGCCACACGGGAGGAGGUGAACAAGGCCUACAGGAAGCUGGCCGUCCUGCUUCACCCGGACAAAUGCGUGGCGCCCGGCAGCGAGGACGCUUUCAAGGCGGUGGUGAACGCCCGUACCUCACUGCUGAAGAACAUUAAAUGAAACCAACGCAUCACUGCGGGCUGAAAACUCACGACCAACGACUGCAGGAAAAAACGCCAGAACGACUCCUCACUGAAGAAACACACGGAGAAGAGAGCUGCAGGGCUCCCGGGCGCACUCAGAAACAAAACUUUCAUUUGUCAGUAUUUUCUGCUUAGAAUCUAAAGAGAAGUGUUGAAUUUUAUGCAUUUAUUUUUUUAAAUCUUGGUUAAAAAAAAAUGUAUUAAACGUUUUUGUCCUCUAUUUUACAAGCUUUAUUGGAAUUUUCAAAUAGGUUAUUAAAGACCCCAUUUAAUUUGAACUAAUUUAAAAAGAUUACAAUUUUUAAUAAUUAGGUAUUUUUUAUUUAAGAUGACGAAAAUAUUUCAAGGUGAAAGUAAAAAGCUAAAACUAAAAUUGAGAAGCAGACAAAAGUAUGUUAAUAAAUUCAAUUUCAAAAUAAAACAGCUUUUGAACCAAAGCUUUUCAAAAUAAAAGAAGGCAUUGUGUUAAAUAAAAUAAAUAUUUUAAUUGUUUUUUGAAGUUUGGACAGAUUUUAGGUUAAAAUCCAAUUAGUCUUUGAAAUGUACUGUUCAAAACAUCAAAUGUAUUUAUAUUUAUUGAAAUGGAAAAGUAUUCACAAAUAAUAAUAAUUUGUUUAUAUUUUUUGAAUAAGUUGGGAAAGUUUGAGUGUCUUCGAGCUCCUGCGGCUCUUCUCUUCCUCUCAUCAGAUUCAGUGUUUAAACUCCAGUCACUGUUUUACACAUUUUUGAACUACUGUUGUUGUUGUUGUUUACGGAAGCCGGAAACAGCCUGCCUUGCAGGUUUUUUUAUUUUGGCGAUUUGGCGUUUUCUCAUAACGACAUUAUGAAUCUGGUUAUCAGGAGAACAUAAAUUUCAUUUUUUCAUGAUAACGAAAUUAAUUAUCUCAUAUCACAUAAAAAUUUAUUUCAUAUUCUUGUGUUAAUGAGAUCUAUUGUCCCGUUGUCAUGAGGAAAUAAAUUUAAUUGUCUUGUGUUAAUGAGAUCUAUUGUCCCGUUGUCAUGAGGAAAUAAAUUUAAUUGUCUUGUGAUAAUGAGAUCUAUUGUCUCGUUAUCACGAUAAAACAAAUUUCAUUUUCUUGUGAUAAUGAGAUCCAUUCUCUCGUUAUCACGAUAAAAAAAUCUAAUUUUCUUUUGAUAAUGAAAUCCAUUAUCUUGUUAUCACGAUAAAACAAAUUUCGUUUUUUUUAACAAUGAGAUCCAUUCUCUUGUUAUCAUGGUAAAAUAAAUGUAAUUUUCUUGUAAUAAUGAGAUCCAUUAUCUCGUUAUCACAAUAAAACAAAUUCCAUUUUGUUAUGAUAAUAAGAUCCAUUCUCUCGCUAUCACGAUAAAACAAAUGUCAUUUUCUUGUGAUAAUGAGAUCCAUUCUCUCAUUAUCACGAUAAAACAAAUUUAAUUUUUUGUAAUAAUGAGAUCCAUUCUCUCGUUAUCACAAUAAAACAAAUUCCAUUUUCUUGUGAUAACGAGAUCCAAUAUCCCGUGAUAAGACUCAAAACAGGCAAAGUUUUGGCGUCUCAGUGUGGGAAACGAAGAUUGGGGGUCUUCUUCAUGAUCUUUUUAUCCUUAUAAAACAAUUGAAAAAAUAAAAAUAAAACAAAGUCGGGCAGGCCGUUUUCCACUUCUGUAGUUGUUCACUGUUUGAUGUUCUGCCAAAUCAUUACGGAGAGGAAUGACAAAAAUCUGAGUGCAUGUUGGAUUGUCAGUUCUUGCAUUUGAAAGCUAUAGGAGGCUCCGCCCCUCCGCUGCACCUGCCCGCAAGCCAGUCUGCGUUCUGGAGGACUCCAUCCAAUAAUAAUAAUCCAUAUGUCUCAUUUUUAUGUUUUUGAUUGAAGAGGAAAUGUGCAAUAUUUUUAAUUGUGUGUGUUUUAAGUUAUUUAACUCUAAGUUAACAAUUUGUGUCCAAAAACCGUUUCAAACGGACAAAACUUUGUUUUUUAAAUAUUAUCGAAAAAAAUGUUGGUUUCAUCAAAUGAAGUGUUCUCUGCUUUAAAUCAAUUAAUCAUAUUAGUUGUUAAAGCUGCCAAUAUUUUCAUUUUGUUUCUGAAGAAAAAAUCGUCCGUGUUGAUUUUUCUCUUUCCUGUGUGCCAUCAGUUGUUGAUGAAAACACAAAGUGCUUAAAAAGACCUCAUGUGUGUUUGUGCCUCAAACCUCUCGUUUCCUCUCUUCUCCCCGUCCUUCAUUUUGUGUUUUUGUGGCGUUCCUAAACGAAAAUCUUGCUCCUUUAUCCUCUCUGCAUGAUGGACCUUUGUGUAUCAUGGAAAAUGUCAAUGUUCACAACUUUUCACAGAUCUUUAGUUUGGUUUGAACCUGAACUUGAAGCUGGGUUUCACUAACGCAGAGGUUCUCUCCCGACAUUGUUUACAUGAUAAAGAUGAGCGGUUUCCUCCAACAGCAUGAACUUUCACAGGUUUAUGUUUGUACAUGUGUGUUUUAACGGGAAUGAAUAAAGGCGCUCAUAUCUUC